CUCACAAUUUCUCCUCCUCCGCUGUGAAACAAUCUCUUCUUUGGUAUUUGGAAAUGGUACUUCCGUUUCUUUCUUCUUCUCUCCUUCUCCUCCGUUUCUCUUCUCCGAUCAUGUCCCCUGAUCCCUUCUCUUUCUCUUUUUAAUCUUUAUUUAUUUUGAUCCCCUGAAUACUCAGAUCAAUCGCUCGAUUUUUAACUUAAUUUGCAGAAGAAUUAACUAUAUUAUUAUAUAUAUAAACCCCAAUAGAGAUAUGUCUAUGGAGAGUUCGUUGGGUUUCAUGGCGGUCUUCGCCGUCUCAGGCAGCGUCGUGUUCUUAGCGAGUCAAUUCCACAAGCGUCUUCUUUCCGAUUACAUGGAUAAGUUCGAUUUCGAACUCCGAUCGCAGAAAAAUGUGGUGAUGAAGAAGAAGGUGAGAUUCGCGGCGGAUGUGGUUGAACCGUCGGCGAACAACAAAGAGUAUCGCCGGAGACACUCUUCCAAAUCCAAAUCUAAUCCCAAGAUGGCGCCAACUCUUUGAUCAUUACAACGUUUUAAUCUCUCUCUUUUAUUUUGUACAAUUCUGUAAAUUAUUAUUAUUAUUAUUCAUUGGGGGUUUUUGUGAUUUUGAAUCUUCCUUAAUUUUUAAUUUUUCUGAUAUGAAUCUGAAUCUGAAUCUGAAUCUGGGCAAAACCUUCUUCAAGUCUUUCCCCCAGGGUCAAAUUCUUUUUCUUAUUUUUAAUUUUCAAUUUUUUUUUUCUUGAGGGGUUUUGACAUGUAAAUAUUGUGUUGUUUCUGUAUAUACAAAAAACAAUAUUGUGAUUGGCUAAUUUUAAAUUUUCAUU